GUAGAGGCAUUAACCCAUCAACCUAGAGCCACAACGGUACACGCAGUCAGAGAUUCAGAGCUUGCCAAACUCCCAGAGGGAGCGCUGACAUCUAUUAAACGCAAAUUCCCCCAGGUUGUGACUAGACUUAUUCACUUGCUGGGCGAGAAGAUUCUUGGCAGUCUUCAGCAGGGAGGUCAUCCUCUUGGUUUACACAGCUCGAGUAGCAAGUGGGAUGCUGGAAAUCCUGCCAGCAAUCUCUCCACAGUAGCAAUUAUGCCGGUGUCUGAAGAGGUGCCACUUACAGCUUUUACUCUGGAGCUCAAGCAUGCUCUCAGCGCUGUGGGUCCUGCUUUGCUGCUCACCAGUGAUAACAUCAAACAGCGACUUGGUUCUGCUGCUCUGGAUAGUAUCCAUGAAUACCGGCUAACUAGCUGGCUGGGACAGCAGGAGGAUAUUCACCGUAUUGUACUCUACCAGGCAGACAGCACCCUUACUCCCUGGACUCAGCGCUGCAUCCGGCAGGCUGACUGCAUCUUAAUUGUUGGACUGGGAGACCAGGAGCCUACUGUUGGAGAGCUGGAGAAAAUGCUGGAGAACACCGCGGUCCGAGCCCAGAAGCAGCUUGUCCUGCUCCACAAGGAGGAUGGGCCUCUCCCUUCCCGGACUGUGGAAUGGCUCAACAUGCGGAGCUGGUGUUCUGCUCAUCUUCAUCUCCACUGUCCACGCAGAGUUUUUUCCAAAAGAAGCCUGCCCAAGCUGAUAGAGAUGUACGAACGUGUAUUCCAGAAACCACCAGACCGUCACUCUGACUUUUCUCGCCUGGCUCGUGUUCUGACGGGAAAUGCCAUUGCGCUGGUCCUUGGGGGCGGAGGAGCAAGAGGAUGCUCCCAAGUGGGAGUUAUCAGAGCGCUGAUCGAAGCUGGCAUCCCCGUAGAUAUGAUCGGAGGAACGUCUAUUGGUGCUUUUAUGAGUGCCCUGUAUGCCGAGGAACGCAGCUACAAUCAGAUGAGGAUCAAAGCUAGACAGUGGGCCAUGGUUAUGAAUUCAGUGUUUAAGACUAUUCUAGACUUGACAUAUCCAAUAACCUCUAUGUUUUCUGGAGCGUCUUUUAACAACAGCAUCAACAACAUCUUCAAAGAUAAGCAGAUAGAGGAUCUGUGGAUCCCUUACUUCACUAUCACAACUGACAUCACCGCCUCAGCAAUGAGGGUCCACACGGACGGCUCUCUGUGGAGGUACGUCCGUGCCAGCAUGUCCCUCUCUGGGUAUAUGCCUCCUCUCUGUGACCCGAAGGAUGGGCACCUCUUGAUGGAUGGAGGUUAUAUCAACAAUCUUCCUGCUGAUGUUGCGAGGUCCAUGGGCGCAAAGGUGGUGAUCGCGAUCGAUGUGGGGAGCCGGGAUGAGACAGACCUCACCAACUACGGCGACUGCUUGUCUGGCUGGUGGCUGCUCUGGAAGAGGUGGAAUCCGCUGGCCGAGAAAGUCAAGGUGCUGAAUAUGGCAGAGAUCCAGACGCGGCUUGCAUACGUGUGCUGUGUGCGGCAGCUGGAGAUGGUGAAGAACAGCGAUUACUGCGAGUAUAUCCGGCCGCCCAUUGACCGAUACGAAACCCUGGACUUUGGGAAAUUCGAUGAGAUCUGUGAAGUGGGAUAUCAGCACGGGAAAACUGUAUUUAACGUUUGGUGCAGGAGUGGAGUUCUUGACAAGAUGCUGAGAGACAGGCAAGAGACCUGCAAAUCCAAAACUGAU